UUAUAUCAUCAUCUUCUCAAUUCAAAUCCCCUAAAUUCAAUCUCUGCAAAUCCAUUUCAAUUUUAAACUCCAAAAAUUUCCCAACAAUGGCAAAUUCAAAUAUUCAAGAGAUCAUAGAGAAACAAGUACUUACAGUAGCAAAAGCCGUAGAGGACAAGCUAGACGAAGAGAUCGCAGCAUUUGAACGGCUCGAUGAAGACGAUCUCGAAGCGCUUCGAGAGAGACGCUUACAGCAGAUGAAAAAAAUGGCGGAGAAGCGUAACCGUUGGAUCUCCCUAGGUCACGGUGAUUACACCGAGAUUUUCUCGGAGAAGGAUUUUUUCUCAAUUGUGAAAGCUAGUGAUCGUGUUGUUUGUCAUUUUUAUCGCGAGAAUUGGCCUUGCAAGGUGAUUGACAAGCAUUUGAGUAUAUUGGCGAAGCAGCACAUAGAGACCCGCUUUCUGAAAAUUCAUGCCGAGAAAAGUCCGUUUUUAGCUGAGAGACUAAAGAUCACUGUUCUUCCAACUCUUGCUCUUAUAAAGAAUGCUAAAGUGGAUGAUUAUGUGGUGGGGUUCGACCAGCUUGGUGGUACUGAUGAGUUCAGCACUGAGGAUUUAGAAGAGAGGUUGGCUAAAGCUAAUGUGGUAUUUCUUGACGGCGAAUCAUCGGUUUCAUCUAAAGCUACAACGCAAACCAAGAGGAAUGUGAGACAAAGCGAAAAUCACGACUCGUCAGAUUCCGAGUAAAAUCUGCUGUACAUGAAGCUGUAUGGUUAUGAUUUAUAUACUUUUCAGCUAUUAGAUCUUUUAUCCUUAUAUGUUAAGUUAGAGAAGUAUUGAGAUGUAAUGCCAUAUGAUUUGUGUCUCGAUGUUAUUGCAAAGUUCUCAUUUGUUUA